GGGGUUGGAGAACCCUUCACUAUACAAUAGUCUUCGUCUUACAGUUCAUAGCUCCUGAAGACUAACCAGCAAGAGAAAGCUAUUUUACCACAGGAAUAAGGAGUGAAUUGAGUUACGUGUGUCUCAGAGAUUAUUGGGACCGACACAAUUCACACCACCCCUGGGUUUAGGUUUCCGUAUUCGCCUGAACAGAAAACCCUCCCGAAACGCUAGAUGUCACUGUAGGUUUUUGUACUCGUUUCAACAGCAAGUACAGUCAGUCUCGCGAUGUUCUGUGUUAUAGCUGCGCUCUGGAGGAUAUGAAGAUGAUGACUGCUUUAUUCACGAAAGUACUAUAGACUAUUACAAAAAGACUCAAUUGGAGUAUGUGAUGUGGUGACACCAUAAUUAGAACAUGGCUACACCUCCAGUUGCUGGGGCAGGGUUGCCCUCAGGACCUUUUCCAGGGCAGCAGGGCCAGGCAGCACGGGAAGUGAACACAGCCUCACUCUGUCGCAUUGGGCAAGAAACAGUGCAGGAUAUAGUCUUCAGAACCAUGGAAAUCUUUCAGCUUUUAAGGAACAUGCAGCUGCCUAAUGGUGUAUCGUAUCAUGCAAUCACACAUCAGGACAGGCUGGGAAAGCUUCAGGAACACCUCCGGCAGUUGUCAGUCCUUUUCAGGAAGCUUAGACUAGUGUACGACAAAUGCAACGAGAAUUGUGCCGGGCUGGAUCCUGUCCCUACAGAGCAACUGAUACCAUAUGUGGAAGAAGAUGGCUCCAAACAUGACGAUCGCUCCGCUAACCAGUUCCGAUGUGCCAGUGAAGACAGACGGGAGGUGAUGGAGGUAAAUAAGAAGCUAAAACAGAAGAACCAACAGCUGAAGCAAAUAAUGGAUCAGCUCCGGAAUCUCAUCUGGGAAAUAAAUGCCAUGCUGGCUAUGAGAAACUGAUCUGCAAGCAGCAUCUGUGUAAUCCUGAAGAAAGCUUCUGCUUUACAGUUCAUUGCAAGUGUUCGAAUACAUAGAAAUGCCCUGGCUCAAAGGACAACAUGUAAUUUGUAUUCAAGAAAACUGAUGCAUAAACAGUGACAUGAAGAGUUGUGUAGGCAUUUCCUUUUAUGUUUUUUUCAAGCUGCACUGACAGUAUGCUUAUAAUAUGAAGAAUGUGUAAAUCCUAGUAAGUUUCAAUAGUGGUUUUAUAUUAUGUUGGUAUAUCAAGUAUUAUAAUGUUGAUGUCAGUCUAAAGUUUGUAUAAUGUUAUUAAUUUUAAUUAUAUUUGUGUUGUCUGCAAUUCUAUAAGCAUGUAUUGGGUUUUUUUUCUUUCUUUUUUAGUUUGUUCAGGAAGUUCUGUCCAACAGUCGCUACAUUUUUAACUGCAGUUUCAGGAAGAAAGACUUGCCUCAUGUUACCACAACAUUUUCAUAAGUCAGUUGUCUUUUCCCUUAUUUUUCUUUUGCUACAAAUGUUUAAAUAACGUACCUGUAAAUAAAUGGCCGCUGCAGUGCACUGGGGUUUGAGAUCUGUCCUCUAAAUCGGUGGUUUUCAGCCUUUUCAUCUCAAGUACCAGUGUUUCCAGCAUGGACCACCAGGUGUACAAGUAACUGUGUGCAAUCUUAAACAGCUGCUGUGAGACCUACCCCAUUACAAACAGGUUUGUUGUGUCUCUACUCACUUGUUUGUUGCCUCAUUCUCCUGAAUGGUUAAUCUAUGCAGCUGAUGACUGCAAUGAACUCAGCAUGUUUAUAUUUUGCAAGUGUUGUGUAUGGAAUUGGUGACCGCACCUUUUAAUUGUGUACGAUUGUAAUAUGGGAAAUAGCAUGCUGCAGUUCCCCUGCUCAGUGUUUGUGAAGUCCUGAUCUCACAGUAUGUAACACAGACAGCUCUUAUGAUUCACAUACCGUUUAUUCUUCAGUAAAAACAAGUUUAAGUUGCGGUGAGUUCGUUCUGCUAUAUUUACGAUAUUAAAUACACCACAGCAAACACAUUGUCAUAUAUUUUCAUGUGCACAAUCUGAGAGCUAAAUUUAGUAAAUGGCGUUUUUUUUGUUUUGUUUACUGCAAUCAGGUAAGCUAUAGUACACUUCCUAAUUACAGUCCCAAGUAUUUCUGUGUGUUCUGCUUUCACAUUUUUAAAAUGGUCAGUUUGAGAAAUAAAUGUUGUUUUCCCUGCAACAGCUGACCCUGCUUUAGUACAAAACUCACACUACAUACUGUUUUACAUAAUGGUAACAGUGCUUUAAAUUACUGUGCCUGUUUCUUUGGCUGAAGAGAUAUUAUCAGCUCAUCAUCUAAGUAUGGAAUCUUGUGCAAUUAAGUCAUACUCCUGACGGUAAACAAUAUACAGUGCCUAUAGAAAGUCUACACCCCCUUGAACUUUUUUCCCAUUUUGUUGUGUCAGUGCCUCAGAGUUUCAUGCAUUUAAAUGAGGAUUGUUUUCCACUUAUCUACACACCAUACUCCACACUGUUAAGGGGAAAAAUGUUAUAUAUUAAAAAUACAAAACUUGAAAGAUCAUAAUUGGAUAAGUCUCCACCCCCCCUGAGUUAAUACUUGGUGGAAGCACCUUUGGCAGCAAUUACAGCUGUGAGUCUGUUGGGAUAGGUCUCUACCAACUUUGCAGACCUAGAUUUGGCAAUAUUUGACCAUUCUUCUUUACAAAACUGUUUAAGCGCUGUCAAGGUCCUUGGGGAGCGUUGAUGGACAGCAAUCUUCAAGUCAUGCCACAAAUUUUCAAUUGGAUUUAGGUCGGGGCUCUGACUGGGCCACUCAAGGACAUUUACCUUUUGUAGCAGAUGCAGCAUUUUUGUGCCAAACGCCUAAAAACAGUUGUCAAAAUGUUUUUUUUGUUGUUGCAUUUGUAACCAUUUUAGUCGCAGUCUGGAGCCCCGCAUCAUAAUUUGUCAUUUCUCUGUGAUUCAGUGGUACAACCAGAUUGGUACAUUAUGAUGGUGCGAUUCAGGGAGCAUUAUGUUUUGAGGAAUCAUAUCGUCAUAAUGAACUGUCGGUCGAUACCAGUGGCAAGCAUGUCGCGUACCUUAGGUUGAAAACCACUGCAGGAAGAGCAAUUAAAAAAAAAAAAAAAAACAUAACAGCAAGUGCUUUGGCUCCACAUCAUGGAUUGCUAUUGCUGUGUUACCUUUUUGACAAUGUAGGCAAUAAUCCUUAUACUAGCAGUGCACUAGAGCGGACAUUUUUAAAAAGCUAAGUUAUAAGUGUAAAAAGUUGUCAGGAUCUUAAUGAAAAGAAUAAAAAAUACAGGUAUGUUAUUUAAACAGCUGUAACAACACGUGGGGACAUGUAACGAUAUAUUUUUCGGAACCCAGCUACUUACUCUUUAAGACAAUUUAUCCUUCCACUGGUGGCUGAGCGAGAGCUCUGCCUUUGUAUAUUUAUUGGUGUUUGGUGGUAGUUGGCAGGAAUGGGUUUAAUUCCUCCCUGCCAAAAAAAUUUGAGAAUUGGCUGGAGCCUUAAUUAGAUAAUCGCUAAUUAUUGAUUAAUUAGGCUCCAGCCACAUCCUAUAAAAGGAGAGCCCAGGGCUCCAUUUGGAGAGGAGUUUGGUGAGUGAGCCUGUGUUGGUUUUGUGUCUUUGUAUUGUCUUUAAAAGUUCAGUGAAGGCUCUGCCCAGCCUGAACAGUUUUUGUAUUUUUGUUUAAACCUUUAUUUUCCCCUUGUGCCUUUUUGUUUGUACUUUUGUGUUAUUUUUGUUUAUUAAAGUGUGCUUUAGUGCUUGUGCUGCA